UAUCUAGAAGCUAGUCUUAUUAAAGUUAUAGGUAUCUUAGUCCUAGAUGCUAUAUUUAGCUUUGAUGUUGCGCACAAGUUAGAACUAGUCCCUAAUUACCUUAGGAUCCUUACACAGAGCUCUCUUAUAGUUGUGCUUGCAAUUAAAUUUAACUUUAAGCUCUAG